UAUGUUGCGCACGUAAGCGUAAAAUCAAGCCAAAUUCAGUAUGGUUACUCUAACUUCUUCCCGCUUUGUGGGAUUGAAAAUUGAAGACGAUGAAGAUGAGUAUCGAAAACCGAAGCAAAAGUCGAAACCGGCCGCAUCGGGUGCCAAGCAGCAGCAGCAAUCGGUAAAAAAUGGUGUCGCUGGUUCCAAACAAACGGCCCAACAGCAGCAAAAGAAACAGAAACCGAAAGCAGCGAAGAACAAAACACUGAACGAGGCGGAUCAAAAAGAGCAAUGGUCCCAGUGGCAGCAAAAGGAUUCGGAGCUGCUGGAAAAGAGCUACAUGACCGAUCUCGAACAGGCUCUGUUGCAGUCCAAGCUGGACUUUGAGGCGAACAAAACUAGGUACGAGGAAGCGGAAAAGACCGAAGCCUCCAAGCAGCAGCUCGCGGGCAAAUCGAAGAAGGCGAAAACUUUUUCGCUGCACGAGUUCCAGGAGAAGGUCGAGAAGGACAUAAAGCAAAAGGAGCAGCAACGACAGCGACGGCAGGCCGAAGAGGAGUACAACAAAAGCUACACCUUUUUCGAACAAAUCGAUCUCGAAACGAAACAAAUCAUCAACAAAGAACAGAUGAAGGCACUGUUUCAAACCAAAGCCCUUUCGGGCGUUACCAAAAACGGUAAGGAGGCAUCCAGGAAGAAGGGUAAAGGCACAGCCCCAGAACCGGCAAGCGAGUUGGAUCUGCUCAAGGCGGAAAACACAACUCUCAAGGAGGAACUAACGGUGCUUCGUUCGCGGUUUAAGAAGAUUGCCUCCGUGCUGGCCAGUGCGGAAAUGAAGGAAAAGGGACAGCUGCUGCUUGAGAUAGACCAGCUAAAGAAAGCGCAGGAGGACAUGACCACGGAAAUGACGGAGCUCUACGGUGAGCUCGAGCAGGCCAAGUCCAGGUCGAACCAGGAUGCAAAAAGCAAGGAAAGGGGCAAGUCCCGCAAAUCAGGGCAUUUCGGCAGUGGGCCCGAGCCAGCGGCCGCGAACUGCUCCAAUUGAAGUGUAUCACUUUAAACCGUAAACUCAGUAUUGGAAAAUGAAUCUCAUAUACAUUGUAUUAAAUGGCGGUAGUUUGAACUUGA